UAGUGAGAGACCGCCCCGGUUGGGAUAGCUCCAAGUCAUGUGCACCACCUUUCCUUUUCCAACAUUCGACAAUCCAGACACCUUUUUGACUGCAACCUCAGUAUCUCACACUUGACUCUUCUGUUUUGGAUCAACCAGGCCAGAGACGCGAUUCCAAUACUCCCACUCAAACCCAUCCUAGGAGCUGCAAGAUCAAUCUUUGCGCUCAUUCUCAGAUCAAGCUAGCAGUAGAAUAACAGUGCAUCGCCUCCUUAGAAUCGAUUAUACUAUUACCCACAACACACACGAGUUACGUCAGACCCGACCUCGCGGAUCACUUUUUUCAUCGCCGCAAUCCAACCCCAAUCCAAAAAAAACCACUCUACAAAACCAAAAUGUCCGAACCAGGCCCCGAAUCAAUCCCCACAAGCGCCGACCGCCGCAGCAACCGCCCCCUAAAACGCCGCGCCCUCAACACUCCUCUCUCCGAGCAAGCCAGCCAGAUCUCCUCCCUCUUUCGCGACCCCUCCAAAGAACUCAAACUUCCCGAAGCCUCGCGCCAAAAGAACACAACCAAUCUACCCCCGCCGCCCGAAAUUGUUGCGAACGUCCAGGGGUCUUCGGCUGGUGCGGGGUCUGGCGAGUUCCAUGUGUACAAGGCGAGUCGGAGGAGGGAGUAUGAGAGGCUGAGGUUGAUGCAGAGCGAGGUUGAUCGGGAGAAGGGGGAUGAGGAGUGGGAAAUGGAGAGGGAGGAGACGAGGAGGAGGGAUGAGGAGAAGACGGAGAAGAAUCGGAAGAGGAGGGAGAAGAGGAAUGCGGCGAAGAAGAAGAGUAAU